GAACAGCUCCUUGUUAAGCGGGUGCCUAGCAUAAUAAUACUGGCAGGAGUAUGCGACGCCCAGUGCAAUACUGUCAGUGUUUGCUGAAGCAACUUGUUGUACAGUUCCUCUCCAGUAAUUCGUGGAAGAUGGCACUGCCGACGGGCCAAAAGAUCGUGGAGUUGACGCCUCGUCAGCUUGAGAUCGAAAAGCUUUUCACAGGACACUACACCGGGGCUUUUACUCUGCAGCCUGACGGCUGGUACCUCCCGCAGGCCAUGAAGAAAUAUUGCCAGGAAAUUAAGGAUUUUGAGUUCGAAGAGAAUGACGUCCUCGUGAUGACUGUGCCGAAAGCAGGCACCACUUGGACUCAAGAGGCCGUCUGGACCAUGAGGAAGAACCCCAACCUCGAUAACCCGGCCAGCAGUCUUCCUCUCCACGUGCGAUCUCCCGUUCUCGAAGCUGACAUUCUUGCUGAAGGACUAAGCCUCGACCAGAAGGGAGGUUUUGCUGAGCUAACAAAGGAACAGGGCAAGGAUCCCAACAAGGGCGUGUUCAUCAACAUCGCAAGGGCCGCGGAGAGACCGCGAAUUUUCAAAACGCAUCUCUCUUUCACCUUCAUCUCGGACACGGCACUCUCAAAGGCAAAGGUUGUGUACACUAUCCGCGACCCUCGAGACCUCUGCCUCUCGUAUCACCAUCACUCGCGCCUCUUCAAGUACGAAGGUUUCACUGGAACCCUCGAUCAAUACGUCGAUGCCUUCCUUGAAGACUCAGUGACAUACGGGCCGUACUGGGCACACGUGAAGGCAGCUUGGGACCGUCGCCACCUGCCCAACAUGCUCGUCCUCUUCUACGAGAAGAUGAAGAAAAAUCCCAAGGCGGAGUUCACGAAGCUCAGCAAGUUUCUGGGUGUCGACCUGAACGAGGAACAAAUUGACAAGAUUGUUCACCACAUUAGCUUCACUGUAGUGCAGUGUCUCGGAGGAAGGACCAGAAUAUGGGAAAGAACAAUAAACAAAGUUCUGAUUAUCACGCUAGGGAACAACUUCGUUGUAUCACUUAGACCAAGAUCGUCUGGCGGAUGGAAGGAAGUAUUGUCGGAGAAACAGCAGGAGCGAUUCAAAGUUUGGAUGGAGAAGAACUGUCCCGACAAGGAGAUCUUAGAUAACUUCAACAACCCCUAA